AUGGCUAAACUGCUUGUGACAAAAAAGAAAAAAAUCAUAAGGGAUGUUCAGGACUAUGCUGCAAAUAAAGCAUAUCCCCAUCCUCCAUUUAAUUCAAAUAGUUUUAAUUUUACAUCUGAUAACUUUGCAGUACCUAGUGAAUUAAAUGGGGAUGAUGAAAGUAUCCCUGUUCCAAGCACAGACAAUAUUAACAAUGAAGAAAUACAGCCGGUACGUAGGAGCGAAAGGCUGAAUAAUACUAACAAUAAUAACAAUAAUAAUAAUAAUAAUACUAAUUUCGGCCAUCAAGGAUCAAACAGUAACAACAAUCAGUCGGGUCCUAAUCGAUCAUCGGAUUUUCAGAUGAAUCAGGGUGGCAGGAACAACAGCCGCAGAGAGAACAAGAACCAGGGCCAGACACAGAACAAAUGGAACCAGUGGAGGAGAUGA